AUGGCAACGAAUACCCACAUUGAUAAGAAAACUGAUGCUCUGGCCACGGUUGAGGAUGCUGUUCUCGACGAACAGAAGCAUCCGGCCGUGACCAAAACCGAUUAUGCUGGCGCAGUCGUCCAGCGCGACGACGAGGAGCUCAAGCUCGUGCGCAAGUUGGACUGGUGCAUUAUGCCAAUGUUUUGCCUCAUGUACUUCAUGAACUACGUCGACCGUAAUGCCGUGGCCCAAGCACGCCUCAACGACCUCGAAGAAGACCUGAAUAUGAAGGGCAACGAGUUCAACACCACCGUCUCGAUCCUUUUCGUUGGCUACAUGCUCAUGCAAAUCCCCAGCAAUAUGCUGAUCACCCGAGUCAAGCGCCCCUCAUGGUACAUGUCGAUCUGGAUGCUGGUGUGGGCGGCUGUUUCGGGCUGCACGGCCUUGGUGCAAAACUACGGUGGACUUGUUGCGUGCAGGUUCAUUCUAGGUAUCACCGAGGCCCCAUUCUAUCCCGCAGCUACCUACACUCUAUCCUGUUUCUACACGAGGCGAGAGGUUGCAGCACGCAUCGCAAUCCUGUAUGGCGCCCAAAUUCUCGCCACCGGUUUCUCCGGCCUCAUCGCCGCUGGAAUUUUCGCCGGCAUGGAUGGCCUGCAUGGCAUUGCCGGGUGGCGAUGGCUUUUUAUCGUCGAAGGCUCCAUCACAGCCGCAAUUGCGCUCUUUGGGUUCUUCACUCUUCCAGACGGUCCCCUAACAACGCGGUGGCUGAAGCCACGGGAGCGCGAACUUGCUCACGCCCGGAUGGAGCGUGACAGACUCGCCGACAGCGACGACACAGAGACCAGCACAUGGCACGGUCUCGUCCAGGCUUGCAAGGAUCCUCGAACUUGGAUUUUCUGCUUGAUCAAGAUGUUCCAGCUGUCGGCAGCUUCUUUCAAUUCCUUCUUCCCAACCGUCAUCAAGACCUUUGGUUUCAAUACCACUAUCACUCUCCUGCUCACUUGCCCCCCUUAUCUCCUGGCUGGUGCAGCUGGAUUUCUGUGUGGAUGGAGUUCCGGAAGGCAUCAUGAAAGAACGUGGCACAUUACUGCGGGCAUGAGUUUUGCAGUGCUUGGAUUUAUCGUCGCCCCUGCCACUCUCAAUAUCCCUGUUCGCUACAUUGCAUGCUUUGUAUUCCCUAUCGGCGUCUACUCGGUCAAUUCCGUCAUUGUCGGCUGGGCAGCCUCCACGCUGGGUCAGACAAAAGAGAAGAAAGCGGUUAUUCUCGCCAUGAUCAACGUCAUCGGCAACCUUGGGUCCAUCUAUGGUGCUUACCUUUGGCCAAAGACUGACUCACCCCGGUACGCCGUGGGCUUUGGCACAGCCGGUGGAUUUGCUGCGUUGGCUAUCGCUGGCUCGUGGUACAUGAGAUACCUGCUGAAAAAGGAGAACGCAAAGAUCAAGUCCAGCACCAUGUCGGAGCACACCGGUCUAUAUGGCUACUAA